GUUUCGUGACGAAGCUCCAAGCGGUUUACUCCAUCAAUUAAACACGAAUUGCGGUGCCAAAACGCUUAUUGCUUCUUACUUUUUGUUUUUUGAGUGAUUGUUUUUGGGUGGGAAAACCGGGGAAAGUCUGGAAAAUCCCGGCAAUGGGCCAAGAGGAUCAGGAGCUGUUAAUUCGCGGUGGCAGCAAACACCCAUCCGCCGAGCAUCUGAACAAUGGUGACAGCGGAGCGGCCUCGCAGAGCUGCAUAAACCAUGUUUUCGGGCAGGCCAAAAACUACGGCACCCUCCGGCCGCCUACUCCGCCGGAGGACUCUGGGUCGGCAAUUGGCCAGAUGGCCGAGAACCUCACCUAUGCCUGGCACAACUUGGACAUCUUCGGAGCGGUCAAUCAGCCGGGAUCCGGAUGGCGGCAGCUGGUCAACCGGACACGCGGACUCUUCUGCAACGAGCGACACAUACCGGCGCCCAGGAAACAUCUACUUAAGAACGUUUGCGGCGUGGCCUAUCCGGGUGAACUUUUGGCCGUGAUGGGCAGUUCCGGGGCCGGAAAGACAACCCUGCUGAACGCACUUGCAUUUCGAUCGCCCCAGGGCAUUCAAGUAUCGCCAUCCGGGAUGCGACUGCUGAAUGGGCAACCUGUAGACGCCAAGGAGAUGCAGGCCAGGUGCGCUUAUGUCCAGCAAGAUGACCUGUUCAUCGGCUCCCUGACGGCCAGGGAACACCUGAUUUUCCAGGCCAUGGUGCGAAUGCCACGACACCUGACCUAUCGGCAGCGCGUGGCCCGUGUGGACCAGGUGAUCCAGGAGCUGUCGCUUAGCAAAUGUCAGCACACGAUCAUCGGAGUGCCCGGCAGGGUGAAAGGUCUCUCCGGCGGGGAAAGGAAGCGAUUGGCAUUCGCCUCCGAGGCUCUAACCGAUCCGCCGCUACUCAUCUGCGAUGAGCCCACCUCGGGACUGGACUCCUUCACCGCCCACAGCGUCGUCCAGGUGCUGAAGAAGCUGUCGCAGAAGGGCAAGACCGUCAUCCUGACCAUCCACCAGCCCUCCUCCGAGCUGUUUGAGCUCUUUGAUAAGAUCCUGCUGAUGGCCGAGGGCAGGGUAGCUUUCCUGGGCACUCCCAGCGAAGCCGUCGACUUCUUCUCCUACGUGGGAGCCCAGUGUCCCACCAACUACAAUCCGGCGGACUUUUACGUACAGGUGUUGGCCGUUGUGCCCGGACGGGAGGUCGAGUCCCGGGAUCGAAUCGCCAAGAUCUGCGACAAUUUUGCCAUUAGCAAAGUAGCUCGGGAUAUGGAGCAGUUGUUGGCCACCAAAAGUCUGGACAAGCCACUGGAGCAGCCGGAGAAUGGGUACACCUACAAGGCCACCUGGUUCAUGCAAUUCCGGGCGGUCCUGUGGCGAUCCUGGCUGUCGGUGCUCAAGGAACCACUCCUCGUAAAAGUGCGACUAAUUCAGACAACGAUGGUUGCGAUCUUGAUUGGCCUCAUCUUUUUGGGCCAACAACUUACGCAAGUGGGUGUAAUGAAUAUCAACGGAGCCAUCUUCCUCUUCCUGACCAACAUGACCUUCCAAAAUGUCUUCGCCACGAUUAAUGUGUUCACCUCAGAGCUGCCAGUUUUUAUGAGGGAGGCACGGAGUCGACUUUAUCGAUGUGACACCUACUUUCUGGGCAAAACGAUUGCCGAACUGCCGCUUUUUCUCACAGUGCCGCUGGUCUUCACGGCGAUUGCCUAUCCGAUGAUCGGCUUGCGGGCCGGAGUGCUGCACUUCUUUAACUGCCUGGCGCUGGUCACUCUGGUGGCCAAUGUGUCCACGUCCUUCGGAUACCUGAUAUCCUGCGCCAGCUCCUCGACCUCGAUGGCGCUGUCUGUGGGUCCGCCGGUUAUCAUACCCUUCCUGCUGUUUGGCGGCUUCUUUUUGAACUCGGGCUCGGUGCCAGUGUACCUCAAAUGGCUGUCGUACCUCUCGUGGUUCCGGUACGCCAACGAGGGUCUGCUGAUAAACCAAUGGGCGGACGUGGAGCCGGGCGAAAUUAGCUGCACCUCGUCGAACACCACGUGCCCCAGUUCGGGCAAGGUCAUCCUCGAGACGCUAAACUUCUCCGCCGCCGAUCUGCCGCUGGACUAUGUGGGUCUGGCCAUUCUUAUCGUGAGCUUUCGGGUGCUCGCAUAUCUGGCUCUAAGACUUCGCGCCAGGCGCAAGGAGUAGCCGUCAUACAUAUGUAUAUGUAGCUCCCAAAUAACUGCUUGUUUUUUUUUUACCAUUAUUACCAUCGUGUUUACUGUUUAUUGCCCCCCUCAAAAGCCAAUGUAAUUAUGUUUGUGUCAAUAAAAUC